AUUUUGACAAAUCAUGAAGCGCCAAUGUUCAAAUUGAUUCGCGUGCAAAUGUCAACAGCGAACGAAGGACCAUCUGCAUGGGAAACUGUAAUACCAGAGGAUGAAAAGAAUACAUUGGAAUGGGUGGCAAAUGUUGGCGGCGAUCGACUGCUAGUUUCCUACAUCGAGGAUGUCAAGGUAUGUUCGUGA